AGAAGCAUACUUAGAACUAGAAGAUAACCGUUUACUUAUAAUUAUCUAAUAUCUACUAAUUAAAUACGUAAUUAUUAUAAAUAAUUGCAAUGGGCUGCUUUUAAACCUAACCUUAAAGUAUCUACCUACUUCAUAUUUUAUGAAUUAUCUAAUAGUAAAAUGAUAAUAUUCCUGAGUGAGUUACAAAAACAACAUCUGAACUUACUACAUCAGCACUCCAUACAGGUCCUAGUAGACUUUUGUAAGCUUACAAUAGACUAUCUCAGUAAUGGAGUAAAUCAGAAGAAAUGUGCUAUAGCUGCAGAAAAAUUAUGCAUACCUGAAGUGGCUGUGCAAAACCUCAUACAUGCUUUGGCUUAUUUGAUUGUCGAAGCAUGUAAACACAAUCUAUCAGAAACUAAUUUACAGUCAUCACUAGCUAUAGCAGGGUUUUCUGAAGACAAACAAAAAGUUUUGCUUAAAUUAUAUGACACCAAAAAAAGUGAAAUAUCUGCAGCUUUGAACUUGCUCCAGCAAAAAGAUCCUAGCUACCAGGAUCUAACUUGGAGAUUUGAAAUACAGGUUGCUUCUAAAACGUCACCAGAAGAAAUAGUACCAAUGGUUGCCAUAGAUUUUGUGCUGACGACACCAAAAAACUAUGGACAGUAUGAAAAGGAUUACUCAGAAAAUUCAACAAAACACAUAAAUUCCGUAUCAUAUUCAAAUGUUAACUCGCCAAUUCAAGAUGCUAAGUCGGCCAGUCAGUGCCAGCAGGUUAUUAACCACCUUCUACUUCAGUGUGACUUGCCAAACUUAGUGCAUUUAACUAAUAGAUUAGACGAAGCCCUUAAAGAAUCUAAAAGUCAGCAUGUACGUAAAGUACAAAGGUCUUUAUAGUUAUAGUAAACUAGUUGAGCCGCCCCGGCUUCGCUCGGGAGCCUACUGACUCUAUAGACUAAAUAUUAUGGGUAUGAAUGUGUUUAUACCCAUUAAAAUCUACAAACUUAAAAACAUUCCUCGUAAAAUGUUCUGAAUACAAUGAAACCUGUACUCAAUUGCAUGGAGAA